AUGGUGCCACACAAAUCAGACCUCCAGCAAUCUUGCGGGGCCGGUUUGGGGGCGGAGGGGGCCCGAGGCGUGCGGUUGUGCCGCUGCCAGCCGGCGGGAGGGCACCGAACCGCCCUACGAACGUUCCUGGGCGGUGGAACCGCUUUUGUGAGCGUGUCGGGAAAGGGUUGGUCCGGUCACCCGAAAACCCCACAUGGGCAGAAAAGUGGUUAUGUUGCUACUGUCAGACCAAAAAAUGAAGUAGAACAGAAGCAGCUGUGUGCUUUUGGGGAGUACGUGGCUGAGAUUCUGCCUAAGUAUAUCCAGCAAGUACAGGUGACCUGUUACAAUGAGCUGGAACUUCUGAUCCAUCCAGAUGGGAUCAUUCCCGUCCUGACCUUCCUUCGUGACCACACCAAUGCUCAGUUCAAAUCCCUGGCUGACCUGACUGCUGUUGAUGUCCCGUCUAGGCAGUACCGCUUUGAGAUUGUGUACAACCUCUUGUCCCUGCGGUUCAACAGCCGGAUCCGUGUGAAGACGUACACCGAUGAGCUGACACCUGUUGACUCAGCAGUGCCUGUACACAAGGCAGCAAACUGGUAUGAAAGAGAGGUUUGGGACAUGUAUGGUGUUUUCUUUGCCAACCACCCUGAUCUAAGGCGAAUCCUCACAGAUUAUGGGUUUGAGGGCCAUCCAUUCCGGAAGGACUUCCCACUCUCUGGUUAUGUGGAGGUGCGGUAUGAUGAUGAAGUCAAACGGGUGGUGGCAGAGCCUGUGGAGCUAGCUCAGGAAUUUCGUAAGUUUGAUCUGAACAGCCCAUGGGAGGCAUUUCCUGCCUAUCGUCCAGCUCCAGAAACCCUGAAAAUAGAAGCAGGAGCCAAGAAGGAAGAUACCAAAUAGCAGCGGAAGGAAGUUGAUGUGCAUCCUUUCUGUUCUAAUAUAGUAUUUAUAAUAAUAAAAAUUGAUAUGAGAUACUU